GUACGAGGAAACCCUGAAUUCUCCAGAAUCUUUUGUUGUAUUUUGCAUCUUCAGUAUCAGUUGAUUCGCGCGAAGUCUCCUCCUUCUCCGUUCCAUCUCUUCUGCUUUUCCCGUACUGCAAAGUUAUUUUGACCAGCUCCGAGCAGACUAAAAGUUCGUUUCUGCAAAAGAUAUGGGAAAAGCGUCGCGGGACAAAAGGGAUAUCUACUACCGAAAGGCUAAAGAAGAGGGCUGGCGCGCCAGAAGUGCGUUUAAGCUUCUUCAGAUAGAUGAAGAGUUCAACAUUUUUGAAGGAGUGAAGCGGGUGGUGGAUUUAUGUGCUGCACCCGGUAGCUGGAGUCAGGUCCUGAGUCGUAAAUUAUAUCUUCCAGCCAAAUCUUUGCCCGAUUCCAAGGACAGUGAUCUUCCUCUUAUAGUGGCCAUAGAUUUGCAGCCCAUGGCUCCGAUAGAAGGUGUUAUUCAAGUUCAAGGGGACAUAACCAAUGCUCGCACUGCAGAAGUGGUCAUUAGACACUUUGAUGGUUGCAAGGCUGACUUGGUUGUUUGCGAUGGCGCUCCUGAUGUUACCGGUUUGCACGACAUGGAUGAAUUUGUCCAAUCUCAACUCAUACUCGCAGGCUUAACAAUUGUUACCCACGUUCUUAGGGAAGGCGGAAAAUUUAUUGCUAAGAUCUUCCGUGGAAAGGAUACGAGUCUCUUAUACUGUCAGCUGAAGUUAUUUUUUCCAACAGUAACUUUUGCAAAACCGAAAAGCAGCCGCAAUUCUAGCAUAGAGGCUUUUGCGGUCUGUGAAAAUUAUUCCCCUCCCGAAGGAUUUAACCCGAGUGAUUUGUAUCGUCUCUUGGAGAUGGUGGGAAGCCCUUCGGGUGGAAGUGAUCUCGAUUGCAGUAGUGGGUGGCUUGAAGGACCCAACAAGGUGUACAUCCCCUUUUUGGCAUGCGGGGAUCUUACCGGCUAUGAUUCCGACCGGUCCUACCCUCUCCCCAAAGACGCUGAGGGUUCGUACCAGAGCCUGGACCCGGUCCAGCCCCCCAUUGCACCUCCUUAUCGACGAGCUCUUCAGCUCAAGAAAGCUUCCAACCAAGAAUUAAAGGCUGCGUGACCAAUGUUGCUUUUGGAUGCGUUUGCAAGCACACUCAAAGUGACACCAAUCAAGCUUGUAUUCUGUUUUUAAGGAAAUUUUAAUUUUUGUCAAACAGAAUCCACGGGUUCGAUUACAAUUUUUUGGCAAACCCUUAAAAAAACGUAUGAUUUGAAUUCAAGAAAUUUAAGAUA